CCCCCUCCCUGACCCUACAGCAACCCCUUAUUUUCUCAACAAAUACGCAAAGCUUUCUCGGAAAACGAUACUUCAUCCUUUGGUAAUGGCACCGAGGGAGAGAACGGCCCCCAACACCGCCGUUAAAGUUAACGGAACUGGGAAGGAGCCGCAUUUCAGGGGAGUGAGGAAGAGGCCGUGGGGGAGAUACGCGGCGGAGAUUAGGGAUCCGGGGAAGAAGAGCCGUGUUUGGCUCGGAACUUUUGAUACGGCGGAAGAAGCCGCUCGUGCAUAUGACGCCGCUGCCCGCGAGUUUCGCGGUGCCAAAGCAAAGACGAACUUCCUUUCGCCUAGUGAAAUUGUAAACAACAUCAAUCACGGCAAUAUAAACAAUAAGAUCAAUAGUAAUAACCAGAGCCCAAGCCAGAGCAGUACCGUGGAGUCCUCUAGUCGCGAGGCGGCUCCCAUGAUCGAAUCAAUACCGUUGGAUCUUAAUCUCGGGGGCGGUGGAUUCGGCUCCGCCGUUAGGUUCCCUUUUCAGCAGGUGCCGGCUAUGUCCGGGGGUUUUGUCCGCAGCGUCCCCUCUCCGAAUGUGUUGUACUUUGAUUCCGUGAUGAGAGCCGGACCUCUGCCGACUCAGCAGUACGGACGGCUCAGAUUUGAUCAGCAUAACCAUCGUCAUUUCAACGCCUUGUUCGCAGGUGGGGCCCAGAGUGAUUCCGAUUCGUCGUCUGUUGUUGAUUACGGUAAUCAAGAUCUCAGCAACAAGACAAGGAAAGUUCUUGGUCUCGAUCUCAACCUCCCUCCCCCGCCUGAAAUCGCCUGACUUUUCCUGAGAUUUUGUGCCGCUGAACGGCCACCGUAGAUUCAUCGGUUUUCUUUUUUAACUUUAUUUCAUCUGCUCUAUUUUACUUAUUCUCCGAUUUCCUUCUGGUUUAAGAUAGGCCUUAUAAGGAAAAAAAAAAAAAAGAAAGAAUAGAACGUUGAGAAGUUUUGGAGAGCCUGACUGUGAUCCGAUGAGAUGUUUAACGAUCAGCGAUCAGCUCUUGUUUUGUAUACGUUACUAGAUCCCCUUUUUUGCAACAGAGAAACCAGCGUUUCGCAUUGUUGUUCAUAACUAGCUACUCACUGUAUGUCCUUUGAUUCACUGAAUGAAUUUAACUUGAGAUUAUUAUCAUCCUCA